ACGACACCAAUUUGGCCAAUUAGUCUAUCCGCAAGUGUUGCUGUAUUGUUCAAAGAUAUUUUCAGAAUGAGUCAAGGAUGUCCCUGUAAAAAUGCAAAGGAAAUGAACAGUUCUUGUGCUCCUUGUGGAGAAAAUGCUACCUAUCAAAGCCACAACGAAGGCUACAUCAACGAUGACUAUCAAAAUGAUUAUCAAUGUGGUAGACAAUAUCCAAAUUAUGGAAACGAUGAUUACUAUGAAAAUGAUCAGUAUUAUGAAAACUAUCAAAACUAUAGAAACUAUCAAGGUCCAAAUCCGACAGACAAUGACAAUUACUAUGGAAAUCAGUAUGGUCAAGAUCAAUAUGGGCCCAAUGGCGAUGAUGAGAAUGCAAAUUCUCCACUCUCAGAUUCAACUAAAUCACUUCUUAAAGCUAUUGCGGUUUUCUCUGCCGGUUGUUUUUUAACCAUGCAGUUGACCAAUGUAGCCAAUGAGCUGGGUUAAGUGCAAUAGUUUUAAGCAAUUUGUUUUGCAUUUUGUUUUUUGACGUGUUUUAAUCCCAAAAGAAAAAAAUGACGACCAUCGAAAAUGGAAACCUACCGUUUUACAUUUAGAUGAUAUUAAAAUUAUUAUGUUUACAA